AUGUUUGAACGAGCCCGCAGCAGCAGCAGACGCGAGCUGCCGUGUGCCGAUGGCUCGGCGGCCGCGGAGCGUCUGCCGCUGCUCUCUGCUGCUCUGGUGUUGUUCCUCCGGUUUGAAUUGAAUAAUUUGUUUGUUAAAGAAAUAAAUUGUUUGCUAAAGAAAUCGGCCCUGCAGCAGCAGCAGCAGCAGCAGCAGCAGCAGCAGCAGCAUCGACGCUUCCCGCGCAGCGAACAGUCGCCCGCAAAGCCCAAAGAGGACUUGAAGCAGCAGCUGCAGCAGCAGCUGCAGCAGCAGCUGCAGCAGCAGCUGCAGCAGCAGCUGCAGCAGCAGCUGCAGCGGGCCCUGGGCACUUUGAGGGACGAGGAGCGCCGUUUGCUGCAGACCUGGGGCUGCCGCAACAGGCCCGUGGAGCCCCGCCGGGGGCCCCACAGCAGCAAAACUCUGAGGGGCCCCCGAAGUGCUUCUCUUGGAGGGGCCCCGCAGCCUGUGGGGUCCUCUGCAGCAGAGAGAAGUGCUGCUUCUCUCAGCAGCUUGAGAAGAAGGUCUUGUAGGAACUUGGGCCUGCGGGUGCGGGUGAUGGAAAACUGCAGCUUCCCUUCCGCCUCAAACUCCUCCCUUCUCAAGGCCCCAAGCCCCACCAAUGGUAUAGCAGCAGCAGCUAACUGGGGCGCUGGUGCUGCUGCUGCAGCACCUGCAGCAGCAGCAGCAGCAGCAGCAGCAGCAGCAGCAAGAGGAAGUGGCCUUUCACCCCUUGUGCACAGCAGCUCUGUCCCAGCUGUCUGUACAUACACCCCAAAGUGGCAGGGGAGAAACAAAGAAAACAUUUGUGGGGCCCUUUUGAGUCUUUCGGAGAAAGAAGCAAAAGUUGCUGCUGCAGAAUCAUUCUGCAGCAGCAGACUGUCUGCUGCUGCAGAACCAUUCUGCAGCAGCAGACUGUCUGCUGCAGCAGAAUCAUUCUGCAGCAGCAGACACAGGCAGCAGACUGGCCCGGAGCUCCAGGGGAAGCAGCAGCGCGCCGAGGUGCAGCACACGCAGCAGCAGCUGCUGCGGCUGCAGCAGCAACGGCAGCAGCUUCUGCAGCAACGCCAACAGCAGCAGCAGCAGCUGCUGCUGCUGCGAAUGCCGCAGCAGCAACCAAAUCACCUGCACAUCAAGGACGACAGAAACUUCUGGGGCGGGAGGCGCCAGCAGCAGCAGCAGCAGCAGCAGCAGCAGCAGCAAGGAGCAGUAGCAAGACCUAGACACACAACUGUGACUGAAAUGGGAGACAAAACAGCUGCAUGCAAAGAGCAGCAAGAAGGCCUUAGCAAGCAGCCAACUGUGCAGCAGCAGCUGCUCGAGGCCCAAAGGCGGGUGGAAAUGCUGCAGGCUCUGCUGCAGCAGCAGCAGCAGCAGCAGCAGCAGCAACGCCACCAACACAGGGCUCUGCCGCUUCAGGCGCCAGACCUGCUGCAAAAGCAGCGAUCAACGCAUCUGCAGCAGCUAGGGCAACAGCAGUCGCUGCAGCAGCAGCAGCAGCUGCUGCGGCAGCAGCAGCUAUCACAGCAGCAGGAACAGCAGCAGGCGGCACAGGCUGGUACUCGGCUGCUGCAGCAAAACCGGUGCCGCCCCACAGAUCUGCAUGCACUGCAGCAAAAACCCAGAGCCUCUGUGGCUUCUCCGCCUGCCCGUCCCCAAGAUCCUGGGUGUUUAGACCAAUCUGCAGCAGCAGCAGCAGCAGCAGCAGCAGCAGCAGCGCCCACUGCAGCAGCAGUUUAUGACGCAGCAGCACGCACAGCAGCAGCAGCCCGCGCUGCAACAGCAGCGCGCACUGCAGCAGCAGCAGAAGCAGCUGCAUGCGCAGCGCCGUCACGUGCUGCAGCGGCAGCAAGUACAGAAGCAGCAGCACGUGCAGCAGCAGAGCUCCCCGCAGAGGACGCAGCAGCAGCAGCAGCAGCAGCAGCAGCAGCAGCAAGUGCAGCAGAGGGACCUGCUUUGGGGGGCCUGAGCUUCCUUGGCGCAGCCAGCCCUAGCGAGCCAGAGCCAGACCCCAAUUUGCUGCCCACCAGCGCCUCUUUGGCCCAGGCGGUGCAGCAGCAGCACAACGAGCUCUUCUCCGGCCUUAAGCGAGUCAGUCCCCCCGCCUCUUUGCUGCUGCCUCUCUGCUUCUUCCCAAGUACUAGCAGCAGCAGCAGCAGCAGCAGCAGCAAGUGCAGCAAAGGGGCCUGUUUUGGGUGCUUGGGGGGCCCCCGGGGGCCUCCGGGGCCCCCGGGGGUGCUUGAGGGGCCCCCGGGGGCCCCGGGGGGCCCCGGGGGGCCCCCAGGGGCCCCCGGGGCCCCCAGGAUCCCGCAGGGGCCAAUGGGAGGGCGAGACCUGGAGGCCCUUGGGGGCCCCGAAAUUCCCCAGAAGUUUUCUUAG